CGUCAUCUUACGUCUCAAAAUUUCUGCCUCGCGGAUACCCCUACAACUCUGGUGAGAGGCACGCGCGCGUGAGAGCUAUGUUGUGGGCGUUGCGUAUAGGUCUCGCUAGCCCGAGCUGCUAGAAGCUGCGCGGGUACAAUGAUGGAUUUUGACGAGAGGGUUUCCGUUGGCUCCAACAUGUAUCUGCCCAGCUGCACGUAUUACGUCCCGGGGGCUGAUUUCUCCACGUUGCCCUCUUUCCUCUCCCAAAGUCCGUCUUCUCGUCCGGUUACCUACUCUUACUCAUCUAACCUGCCUCAGGUACAGCAUGUCAGGGAGGUUACAUUCCGAGACUAUGCUAUUGACGCGUCCAGUAAAUGGCCUCACCGGGGUCCGCUGGCUCAGUGUUAUCCGUCGGAGGACGUAGUGCACAGGGAGUGUUUACCAGCGGCGACGGCAGUCGGUGAAAUGUUCCCAAAGAAUAACGCGUCCGCGUAUUAUCACUCAUCGAACUCGACCUCCGCGUCCAAUUUCUACGGCAACGUUGGGAGAAACGGGGUGCUUCCUCAAGCGUUUGACCAGUUUUUUGACACCGCCUACGGGGGCUCGGAAAGCGUGGCGAACAGCGACUACGCGGCGCGGGAUAAAACGCACUCUAACAAACAGCCAACGCCGGCGCCCGCACCGGAGCAGGAGCCCGAAGGAAAGGAGCGACAGGAGACCAGCAGUCCCGAAUCUUCUUCCGGAAACAACGAGGAAAAGAGCAGCGGCGCGAGCAGUGGACCCAGGGUUCGCAAGAAGAGAUGUCCCUACACCAAAUUUCAAAUCCGGGAGCUCGAGAGGGAGUUUUUCUUCAGCGUGUACAUCAACAAAGAGAAGCGACUACAGCUCUCACGGAUGCUCAACCUCACCGAUCGCCAAGUGAAAAUCUGGUUUCAGAACCGGAGAAUGAAGGAAAAGAAACUCAACCGGGACAGGUUACAAUACUACAGUACCAACCCACUGCUCUAGGGAAAGGAAAUAACAACAGAUACAACACAGCAGCUGCAGUAAUCACAUAGAAGACGUUAUACAGACACUCAGCGGUUAACUUCAAGUUCGUGACACGGCACCAUUCACGUGUAUACAAUUAUAGAGAGCAUAUAGGACAUUAAAAUUCACGUUUUAAAUACGGGUCGUCUGUGCUCGUAAUAGGUAAAUGUAUGCAAUUUUUGGCGAGCAGAACGUAUUUAACUGAGAGCUCGCGACACGCGGACUGUUCCGCCGUGGACAGUCGUGAUGGACGCGCGCGGAUUGAGUGAAACCGGCUGAAAUGUUUGGGUCUAAACGAGGAAAGGCUUCUGACAGGCCAUCCCCUGCGCCGUGCGAGUUUGUUUUGUGGAGGAAUGUCGUACAGGUCGUCCCGAUGACUUCGGCGUGACCAAAUGCGAAAAGUAACGUCAGCGUGACUGCUCCCAGUUUCCAAAUUAUUUAUUUGAUUUGCCAACCAAAUAUAAUUUUCGUCCAGCGAAUAAGACUUUCGCGUGUACGGCCGUCUCUCGGGAGCGUAAAAGACUCGCACUGACUUAAACGCGACCAUCCGAAGUUUUCAGUUGCAGCAAACUCCGUGAACGCAGAAAUAAAACAGACAAUGGGCCUGACUGGACGGAGAAAAUGCAAUCUCGCCGAAUCUCGUCCCUAAGCGUAAACAUUUUCGGACUCGAAGCUGGUCAUCUCUCACACGGACUCUUUCGGGCUUAAAAAAAAAAGGUUUUCACGGUGACUUUAUUCGCACUCUGCACCACUAUGAACAUAACCCUGGGGUUAAAAUAGAUUUUGGCUGAUUGUAUUCCAGAAAAUCUUCUUUAUGACGUAUACUUAAAUUAAACAAUUAAAGGGGUACGACGUAUAUAUUUGUAGUACACGGUUUUCCUUUCAAAUAUAUCUAUAAUUGUGUACAUAUGUAUUAUGCAUGAGUAUACACUUGCGCGUUAUGUGCAUUUAUAAAAAAAGCAAUGUUUUGUUUAGUUUUUCUUCUUUUUCUCAAGAACUCUCUCGGACCACGAGAAGCAGCGAUUGUUACCUGACAGUUUUACCGUCACGUUGGUUACAGUACUAUUUGCAGUUAUCAUCUGAAUGUUUACGACCGUACUCGUAGUGUUCAUAUAUGACAGCCUAAGAGCAAUAAACCAAGACAGUGGGAGAGAGAAAGAAAGUAGAAAGUGGAAGAGAGGGGGAGAGAAAGACUGAGCUUUAUGGUUGCUUGCUGCAGAGCGACACGGCCUGGCCGGCGCAUCCUUUGAGGCGCUGAGGAAUAUCCGCCUAAUUACGGGGACAUCCUCCUUGUUGCUUCAGCAACACGACCAUAAAAGCUGUCUGUGUCUGGAGCAUUUGGGCAAUUGCAGUGUGGUGCCAUAAACCGUCUGAGAACCAAGGUUAUUAGCCACAAUUCCAAGGGGACAGUGGCAAACAGUUUGACGCGCGGCUUUCAGCAGCGCUCGCGCGCUUUCUGCAUGUUGCAUUCAUUUCACACUAAACGUGUUUUUUUCUGUUGUAUUCAUUAUUUAUUAUUAUGGGUUUUUUUUUUAUUUUGAUUUGUUGACAUAUUGAUUGGCAGUGACUCUGUUGGUUCCACGAGUAGGUACAAAUGGCCUCCAUUGGGAGGCACUCGUGAGAUCAAUGUCAUGGCCGAGGCUCAUUGAUUGAACAGGAGGA